UAUUAUUAUGUCAUAAUAUAGUAAAUGUGUAUAACUUAUAAAUGCAGAUACUUAGAGAUUAAGCUAAAAGUAAUUUUAGCUAGUUUUUUUUUACUAUUAAAACAUUUGGAGAUGCCUAUUUCUGCAGUUGUGCCUCUGGAGGAGUAAGUAUGAAAAAAAUCAAAUAUUGCACAAUAUGUACAGUAAAGUCAGAAAAAAAAUGGAAACUUCAAGUAGUUCUUUUUAUUCCUCAAAGUUGUUUCCCUGUACAUCUUAUUUAUUUUUUUCUCCACCUCUUCAUGAGCUGGACUAUGCCAUCUCCUUCGUUCACCUUUACUAGAAAUAUGGAGAGCAGAAACCAAUCAACAGUGACUGAAUUUAUCUUCACUAGGUUCCCUCAGCUUCAGGAUGGUAGUCUCCUGUACUUCUUUCCUUUACUUUUCAUCUACACUUUUAUUAUCAUUGGUAACUUAUUAAUUUUUUCUGCUGUAAGGCUGAACACCCAUCUCCACAACCCCAUGUAUAAUUUUAUUAGUAUAUUUUCCUUUCUGGAGAUCUGGUACACCACGGCCACCAUUCCCAAGAUGCUCUCCAACCUCAUCAGUGAAAAGAAGGCCAUCUCCAUGACUGGCUGCCUCUUGCAGAUGUACUUCUUCCACUCACUUGGAAAUUCAGAGGGGAUCUUGCUGACCACCAUGGCCAUUGACAGAUAUGUUGCCAUCUGCAGCCCUCUUCGCUAUCAUAUGAUCAUGACCCCCCGGCUCUGUGCUCAGCUCUCUGCAGCUUCCUGUAUCUUUGGUUUCCUUAUUCUGCUUCCCGAGAUUGUGAUAAUUUCCACUCUGCCUUUCUGUGGGCCCAACCAAAUCCAUCAGAUCUUCUGUGACUUGGUCCCUGUGCUGAGCCUGGCCUGUACAGACACAUCCAUGAUUCUGAUUGAGGAUGUGAUCCAUGCUGUGACCAUCAUCAUUACUGGUCUAAUCAUUGCCCUGUCCUAUAUAAGAAUUAUCACUGUGAUACUGAGGAUUCCCUCUGCUGAAGGGAGGCAAAAGGCUUUUUCUAGCUGUGCAGGCCACCUCAUGGUCUUCCUGAUAUUCUUUGGCAGUGUAUCACUCAUGUACUUGCGUUUCAGUGACACUUAUCCACCGGUUUUGGACAUAGCCAUUGCACUGAUGUUUACUGUACUUGCUCCAUUCUUCAAUCCCAUCAUUUAUAGCCUGAGAAACAAGGACAUGAAGAGUGCAAUUAAAAAACUGCUCUGUCUUCAAAAAGUGUUGACCAAGUCUGGAGGUUAAUUCAGAGCCACAGGUUCUCUUCCAUUGUUUUUGUUUUGUUUUGUUUUG